AUGGAUUCAGAGAUCAGCCUGCAUGCCUCCGACGACGACGACUUACUCGCCACCCAGUCGGCUCUCCCGGUCCGGAUCCCAUCACCUGGAGUCCAGUCAUUUUGGCGACCUCGGCAGCGCGUAGCUGUCCCAGGUCCCCGGGGCUCAAACCGUCCCAGGGGCUCAAGUCCCUCUUCCACGACCACCGCUUCAGUCAUAUGGGAUACACCUAGCAGCGACUCCAGGGGACGAUCCCGCCGACGGUGUUCUAGGGACGCCGUUCCCCACCGCCGCACCUCUCCACCCCGCUCGAGGUCCCGGAGCCCGGGCCGUCGGAGAAGUCACCGCGACCAGCCACCACUCCGCCGCCAGCUUCCCGACCGUCUCCCGGCUCCCACUGCUUCGGCCUGGACAGUCGUCCGCCUGAAGCAGGAGCUCAAACGCAUGAACAUCCGUUUCAGCAACUCGGACCGCAAGUCGGCACUUUUCAAACUCUUCACCGUCUCGCAGCAGCACACCGGCCUCACUCACCACAACCCCCAGCCACUUCCGGGAUCCCGGCGACAUGCACGCGGUGACGUCAACGACGUCAUCACACGGCAGCCUGCCACAGCUGCUCCCCUUAUGAGCCUGUGCACUUCGCAACCCACGCCUGCUCUCACCGAACCAGGGCCGUUUCAUUCCUCCACUCACCAGCAAUAUUCACUGCCACCCCGUUCCUACAUAUUCUGUCCCUCCUCCAGCGGCCUCCACGGCUUCCACCUCAGCCCCGACGGCUCCCACACUGGCGGCUCACGGCCCCGGGGGUGUUUCUGGUCAACCACCCGUUACGGUACAGUUCCUGGUUACAUUCUCCCACCUCAUAGCUAUACCCUUGCCACUGCCUUGCCUCCAGCCCGCGCAGCCACACCCGCCCAACCUUCCCCCGUUCCCACCGCACUUAGGCAACAGAUCCUGGCUGGUAAUUAUGUUGACCUUGCACUUCUCCUUCUCCCCUCCACGAGCACUUCCCACCUCUCCAGGGAGCUGCAAACUUCCAUAGGCCCUGUAGAAAUAAAGCAACCACCUUCCCGCUCUAAGGAGCUCACUCCUAUAGAAUUUGCGUUCACGUUUUCACUAUAUCGUGAUGUUCUAUGCACAUCUUUCCCUGACCGCAGGUCAGAGCUGGACGAAUAUUUGUCGUCCAUCCUUGAACUUUCACUGCGGUUCGGAGCAGCAGGCAGACUUAGCCAGUUUAAUCAGGGGACAUACUUGGGUACACUGGAUAGCGAGUUGUACUGCCGUGUCUUCGCGGCCCGCUCUUCCCUUAAUUGUGAAAUAUGCGGCGCCCCAUCCCACCCGGCCACGGCAUGCACACUCGCCGCCCCUUUGCCAAGACCUCUGACAGUUCAGAGACCAAAGCCCGCCACCUUCAGCUUGCCUUCCGUAGCCCCUCCGCUUUCCAUCCCUCCUAAACCAGCCGAUAGCCGUUCGACCGCCCCCGGCCCCUUUUCCAAAGGCCUGGACAGAAGGGGAAGACCUACGCUGUUCCAGGGCGGUCGGAUGGUGUGCAAUAAUUUUAAUGACCUUGGCUGCAACGCAUCGGCCUGUCGUGUCCUCCACACCUGCUCCUUCUUCGGCGGGGCUCACGCCAGAAUAACAUGUCCCCAUAACCCCACGAAGCAGCCAUCUUGUGAGUACUUGGACACUCCCAUUAACAUCCCCGCCCUGGCUAGUAGUUUAUAUAACCACCCAGACCGCCAGUUUGUGGAUUACCUCAUCCACGGUUUUACAUAUGGUUUUCAUCCCGGUUUACAGGUCAUGCCCGUCUCUUCUUACCACUGUAAAAAUCUCCAGUCAGCCACGUCAGAACCGGACUCGGUCGACGCGCUUCUGACCGACGAAGUACAUAAUAGGUUUAUGAUCGGCCCCUUCUCCAGCCCACCUUUCCCCUUAGUUAGGAUCAACCCAAUAGGUAUAGCUACAAGAAAAUACUCCGGUAAAAAGAGACUCGUCAUCGACCUCUCUUCCCCUCACGGCUCCACCGUCCCAAGCAUUAAUAGCCUCAUCCCCAGUCCGGACUUUUCUAUGCAGUACGCCACAAUCGACCACGCAAUUUCCCUGAUCCGGCUCGCAGGUCAAGGUGCUUGGCUGUCCAAAGCAGACAUUAAAAGCGCAUUCAAAGUCCUCCCCAUCCACCCCGAAUACUGGCAUCUAUUUGGUGUUUCCUGGAAGGGUGCUUAUUAUUUCGCAGUCCGCCUGACUUUCGGGUGUAAAAGCAGCCCAAAAAUUUUCGACUCCUUGUCCGAGGCUCUGUGCUGGAUCCUGAUUAAUAAUUGUAAACUCCCGUACGUCGUUCACCUACUCGACGACUUCCUCACCGUCACACCUCCGUUCUCUCCCCCCGCCCACGGCCUCACUACCCUGACCGCAGCAUUCUGCGACCUCGGGGUCCCUCUCUCUCCAGAGAAAACGCAGGGUCCAAGCACUUCCCUCGAAUUCCUCGGCAUAAAUUUAGAUACAGUUUUACUCCAAGCAUCCCUACCUACAGACAAACUCCACAGGAUUUGUCUCCUCAUCUCCAACUUCCUCCUGGCCCCCCAGUGUACGAAACAGCAGCUGCUUUCCCUGCUGGGCCACCUUAACUAUGCCAUCCGUAUCAUUCCCCAAGGCCGGGCCUUCCUGUCGCAUCUCCUAUCAGUAUCCGCCACCAUCCCAUCCCUCCACGACCAUAUCACCUUGAAUGACGGUUGUCGGAUGGAGUUACAACUGUGGCAUCAUUUCCUGUUAGAUUGGAACAGCGUUUCUUUCUUUUAUAAGGACUAUGUCUCCAGGCCCGGAGACAUAGACUUGUACACGGAUGCAGCCCCGUCCAUCGGCUUUGGCGGCUACUUCGGAGGCAGAUGGUUUUCCGCCGCAUGGCCUCCCGAGUUUUCAUCCCUGACACCUUCAUCCGCUCUAUACGAAAUGUACCCGAUCAUCGUCGCUGCUAUCCUUUGGGGGCACGAGUGGUCAACACUGAAUAUAGCCAUACAUACUGAUAACACUGCAGUCGUAGACAUCAUUAAUAAAGGACGUUCACGUACCAUAGACAUCAUGCCCUUCAUGCGUAAACUCACCCUUGUGUCAGCUCAACACCAGUUCACCAUGCAAGCACACCACAUACCCGGCUACAAAAACACUAUCGCUGAUUCACUCUCUCGUUUUUCGUUCCAGAAAUUCAGACUCUUAUCACCAGCAGCCGAUCAACUCCCGACGCAGGUCCCACGGUUUUCAGCCACAAUCUUCCCAUAAAUCCUCGACUGGAACACCUCAUACGGACAUCACAGGACGCCAUCCUCGACAGCCUUGC